CUCCUUCAUUCGACAUACAUAUUAUAUUAUAUUAUUAACGUGAAUUUUUCUGCCGAAACUAGGCACGUCCAGUGUCGGGUGUCUUUUUCCUGCGGGACAAGUGAGAUAUAUAGCUCGAUAGUGCAUUCAGGUAAAAAUUUCCUGCACGACGCUGGACGUCUCUCCUGGACGAAAGUCCAAGCGGAGAAUGUGUAACCGGAUAUCGAGCGACGUGUGUAUUUUGAUAAUUGUUCGCGAUAGCCGGCACCAUCAGCGUGACGAGAUCUCUCUCAGUUCGACAGAUGAUUAUUGAAUGCAAAAUAUAAAAUUCCGUCAGUUGAAGACAUUAAGCUUCGCUUGAGGAAUCGCGGAAAGGCCGCGAGUCGGUCAGCCGCUUGUUCGCGUUCGCCUUGUCUUCCGUUUACUUAGGAUUAUCAAACGGAGCCGCAAUUUCAACGCAAUCGCUUUCUCUCAAUGCCAGCCGCUGAUGACUAAAUCGGGAGGACAAUAAUGUAUGAAGCUUUCCUUGGCUAGUGUUCGAUCGGAUGCGUGUAAAUGUAAGCUCGAAAUCUAUUCGGAAGUACGACCCUCGAGAUUGUUCGAUCGUUAUUUCCACGAGGUCACGAUGAGGACUAUUCUUUACCCGACGUUUUUUUUGAUAUCGGUGUCGAUCGCCGGAUCCGUCAACGACUGCAACAAUCCCAAUUUUCAUUCUUUGGAGACGUUAGAGUCCUCCAAGCUGGAAUGCGGCCCGGCUUUUAAGAAUCGUUGUCACUGCCUCAGGACGUGCUACGACGGUCAUCAUCAGUACGUCGUGAAUUGCACGGGUACCGGAUUCCACGACACGUCCCCGUUGGCGCAUUUGCCGAACGAGACGCAAGUGCUCAUUUUCACGGGGAACGAGCUGGAAGAGCUGCCCUGGAACGUGUUCGGCACCCUCGACAAUCUGCCGUACUUGAAGGUGAUCGACAUGUCGAACAACAAGAUACGCGAGAUACGCGGUAAAGCCUAUCAUCACGUGCAGCACGUGGAGCGUCUCGUACUCGACUUCAACGAGCUGUCAUUGGAUCCCGCGAGAAGCCAUCCGAGAGUAUUCUCCAAUUUUAUCUCCCUCUUAGAGCUACAUCUGACCGACGCCUUCGAGGACGGUCCGCCGAGGAAUCUGGCGUCGACGCUCCACGACAUCUUCGUGAACAGCAAUCUUACGCAGCUGAUAAAGCUCCAUCUCGAGCAGAACGAGAUCUCGGAGUUUCGGGACGUCAACGUAUUCUGCGAUCUGCCGAAUCUCCUUGAUCUUCAUCUCGGUGACAACGAUUUGACCGCGCUGCACUUCAAUCUGUCGUGCUUGCACCACCUGCGUUUCCUAGAUUUACGACGGAACAAAUUCACGAAGAUCCUCGAGCGCGAUCUCCACACCAUGGACAAUCUUGCUAAGCACGAUCGGUCCGUAACCGUGGACUUUUCCGGCAAUCCCUUCGAGUGCUCUUGCAAGCUCAAUCCGUUCGUCAAGUGGAUGAAGAAGACGAAAGUGUUCAUCCGAAAUAAAGCCAAUUUACAGUGUUACGAGGGAAACAUGAGUCACGACUUCCACGAAACGAAGAGUUGCGCUUCGAAACUAUUAACUUCUACCCGGCGGGGAACAACGGUGAUGCUUUGCUUCCUCUCGAUGGUGCUAAUUGCCCUGGUGUGCGCUUUGGUCUAUCUACAAAGAACGAAACUUCAGAAAAAGAUUGAACCCGUACUCGAUUCAGUUAGCAAGAGAGUGCGAUAUACCUCGAUAGCGAAUGGUGAUACUCGUGAGGAUGUGUGAACGAAGAAAGUGGAAAUUAUUCGAACAAAAUUUUGAUACAUAAUUUUGUUCUCAUUUUUGCGAAGUUGAUUCUGCGUCUCAAAAUUAAAAAACGAUACAGGUACAAAACGAGAGAGAUUGCACGUGUAAAAUAUUUUCGGUCGAAGUGAUAACGUUGUUUAUGGCAAAUUAUAGUUUAUGUCUAGUGUAGGCUUGAUAAUUCGCAUGUUUGCAAUGGCGCGCCACAGCGCGUGAAAUCGAUUUUUGAAUUUGUAUGUUUAAUGCAUUUCCAGACAUUAGAGUUAAAGAUCGACAAGUGAUAAUUGUCUAAAAUACUAUCCAAUAUUCAAAUUAAUUUCACGAUGUGUAAUUCGUUUAUAAAUAAAUGUUAUUUAUU